GUUGUGUCUAUACAGUAACUGAGCUUAAGCAGCGAACUUGCUUAAUCAUCACCCCCGCGUAAUGCGACAAUUCCGCUACUCUAACCAAACGGAGUUUAGGUUGUGCACUUCAGCGACGACAGCGAAGGGGAUAUAGACGAAUCGUCACACUACGUACCAACAAAUUCACUGAUCUCCGUGCAUCUACUCCAAUCAAGCAAGAUGUCGUCAACUCAAUUGCAAAGUCUUACAGCCGUCGACAGCCCUCGCGAUGGGUCGCGGCAUAGCGACGAGGCGCAAAGCAUUGCCCACGGCACCCGACAGUCCGUCUCGCAUUAUAGGGCUUCGCGCUGGGCGAUUCUCCUUGCUGCCUUUGGGAUCACCUUCAUCGCUGUCGGCGUGCCCAACUCCUUCGGCGUCUUCCAGGAAUAUUAUAAGUCGACACUAUUCCCCGACAUGCCGUCGCCUGAGAUAAUCAUCAUUGGCUCACUCUCGUCCAGCCUUUACAUGGUUCUUGGUGUGUUUACCGGACGAUUUGCCGACAUAUUGGGAUACCAGGCCGCCCUUAUAUCUGGCUCCAUACUCAUCGUCGGCGGCCUAGUUGCAGCAUCAUUCUCGACCCAAUUCUACCAACUCGUGCUCUCCCAGGGUCUUGCUUUCGGUCUUGGCACGGCUCUCGUAUACUACCCUGCUAUCAGUGUCUCCGGUCAAUACUUCCGGCGUCAUGGUCUCGCCAACGGCUUCGUGGUCUCGGGAGGGGCUCUAGGGGGCUGUAUCGGGCCAUAUUCGGUUCGCAUCAUGAUCCAAAGACUUGGGCUUCCCGGCACCUUUCGCAUGCUGGCAUACAUAUCGGCCGGAGUCCUUACUUUCUCCUGUGUCUCCUUCAUGCGAGCCGGAAGGCAGCCCGGCCCUCGGUUUCAGAAGAUUAUGGACCUUCGGCUGCUGAAAGACCCCCGUUUCCUGGUCAUCCUUGUAUCAGGUACUGUGGCCAUGACAGGCUUUUUGCCGCGUUACUUCCUUGUUCCAGCCUCCGCCGUGUCGCAGGGUAUCAACACAGAGUACGCUGCCUGGCUGCUCGGCCUCAUGAACGGCCUCUCGAUCAUUGGUCGUUUGGGUGUGGGCAGCUUUGCUGAUCGUUACGGCAAGCUGACGGCGCUGAUCGCCAGCUUCGUUCUCUGCGGCGUUGGACACCUGGUCUUCUGGCUUCCAGCUGUUAUGGUCGAGGCUGAAGAUGAGAAGCCCGUCGCGUUGAUGACAGUCUUCGUAAUUUUUGUCGGCUUCCUGGGCUCUGGAUUCGUGAGCCUGAUUCCAGUUGUUAUGUCGGACAUGUUUGGCUUUGAGGACCUUGCCUCCAAGGUUGGCCUACUGAAUAGUAUCAUGGGGUUAGGCGUCUUUGCGGGACCAAGCGCUGUGUAUGCGAUUGUAUCUGAUGGCCGGGACUUUAGCAUGGCGGUCUUGUUCUCGGGCCUGCUCAUGGUUGUCGGCGGCCUUAUGCUCACUCGAACAUACCGGCAUUUGUAG